CGGGGUGGGGGCAGUAUGGCGGACGGCGGGACCUGGAGGCCGCCGCGGUCGUGCGAGGACUACUGGUGGGAGUGGAGGCACUGCCGCGGGCUGCGGCACGCCUUCCACCACUACUACGCGCACGGGGAGCUGCCGACCUGCGACCGCUGGCGGGAGGACUACGAGGCCUGCCGCGCCUGGGAGAAGGGCCGCGCCGCCGCCGCGCAGGAAGCUUUGUGCAAGAGUGAAAGAGCUCGAGUCAUGGAAAACCAGAAGUAUGCUCCAGUGUGGACACUCAGGAAGAACCCACCCCCUGACUGGUAUCUGCCACUUGACCAAGACAAACCAAAUUAGCAAGACUGCUUUGCUGUGUUUGGUUUUCAUCUCAGCACCUUGGCAGGCAACUCCUAUGUCACUGCAUACAUGAUCUAGCUCCUCUUGCUAGGCCAGCACCUCUUCCCCUCACAGCCAGUGUUGUGCACUUGUGGAACAAGGUGCCAGAUGGGCAAAUAAAACCAAGCAGGGGCUCCUCCCUGCCAGUUCAGGACAAACACAGCCACUGGCAUCUGAAGGAUCCUUCCUGGGUUUGUGACUGUUAUGGGUUGAGUUUCUUAACCGGUGGGGUGAAACUGCGACCCUGCCCCUUUGUGGAAUUGCUCUUUAAUGGGUGUGUGUUGACUGCAGUACUCAAGCUUACUACAAAAAUGAAGGUUUAAAUGGAUGGAGAGAAAUCUGUUUUGGUUUAGGGCAAGCCCUUAGAAACUUAAUUGUUAUAUGGCAAUAUUAAAGAGAAAACAAAACCACCUCA